AUGAAGGCAGUCCUAGGGCUUAAAAAGCAGCGCGAUGAGCUGCGCCGUGCGCAGAUCCGAGCUGAUCACGAAGAAAAAAUAAUGAAGGUGAAGGCAAAGGAAUGCCUGUCGAAAGGACAAAAGGACAAAGCCCUCAAAAUACUGAGACGAAAGAAAGCCAUCGACAAGCGGCUGGAAACAACGGACAAUCAUUUGGAGAACAUUCAGACGAUGAUUGACCAAAUUCAAACAACCAAAGAGCAGCAGCAGAUCGUCUCAGCCAUGGCCACUGGAAACAAAGCACUUAAGGAGCUUCAUACUGUAUUGAACCCAGAAUACGUCGAAGGGGUAAUGGAUGAAGUGGCGGAAGGAGUCGAAAAUCAGCAAGAAAUCGAUGCGCUUAUUUCGCGUACAGUUUUCAGCAGCGACGACGAGGAGGAACUAGAGGCAGAACUCGAUGCACUGACCUCCGUCGAUCUUCCAACCGUCCCAAAGACCGAAAUCGAUUUACCCAACGUGCCAAUGGGCGAGGACGAGGAAACCGAAAAAGCUUCGCCAGCGAAACAGGAACCCAUUCUAGCCUGA